UGUGUGCGUGGAUUUUCUCAUUUAGUUUUUGAGUCUUGCAAAAUUCAUACGUUUUCAUUCGUUUCGUUUAUUUGAAAAAAUCAUCAAAAUUCUACAAAAAAAUAGUGGUAAAUUUCGUCUGAUUCCAUCGGCUCCCUUUAUUUUCUGUCAAAUCAUUCUGUGUGUUCGUUCUAAAAACCAAUUUAAGUGCAAAAAUAAAACACAGAAACACCUUUUACGUGUGAGUUGCAGAGAUACCGAGGAGCAAGAACACCACUACGUUAAGGAUCCUAGAGGCUGUAGAACACUAACACUUCAAGAUGUCUGAGAACAUUGUGUGCCACAAGUGCAAUGAGGCCAUCACCAAGAGGAUGAUCACCGCCCUUGGCAAGACCUGGCAUCCGGAACACUUCCUCUGCCGCCACUGCGAGGAGCAGAUCGAGGACGCCACCUUCAACAUCCAGGACGGGGAGCCGGUGUGCUCCAAGUGCUUCGUGGAGCGCUACACCCACACCUGUGCCGGAUGCAAGAAGCCGAUCCUUGAGCGGACCAUCUGCGCCAUGGGCGAGAGCUGGCACGAAGGAUGCUUCUGCUGCGGCGGAGCUUGCAAGAAGCCCCUGGCCGAUCAGCCGUUCUACGAGCGCGAUGGAAAGGCCUACUGCAAGCAGGACUAUGAGGAUAUGUUCGCCGCCAGGUGCGCCAAGUGCGAGAAGCCGAUCACCGACAGCGCCGUCAUUGCCAUGAACGUCAAGUGGCAUCGCGACUGCUUCCGUUGCAACAAAUGCGAGAAUCCCAUCACCACGCAGACCUUCACCAUCGAAGGGGAUAAGCCGGUGUGCCCGGCCUGCAAUUGCUAAAUCGGGAAUUGCAAAUGGAAGAGAUGCAGUCAGAGCUGUCAGGAGAUCCUAAAAAAAAAAACUAAAACAACUUGCUCGGUAAUAUCUAUUUACAAACCGACACCCCACAACUUGAAGUUUCAAGCACUAGCUCGUUUAAUGCGUAUGGAGAAUUUUAGUUAAAACUCGGCGGAUAUGUAUGUUAAUGGCAGAAUUUCGGAACGAUUCAAUCAGAUAAAUCAAUUUUGACUAAACAGAGACUUGAGAUACUUAUAAUGUUAAGACCACACUCAGAACUCACUACGAACCAAACAAAUAAAUAAAACGACACAACCAAAAAAAUAAAAA